AUGAAGAAUUCAACGGCCGACCGCAGCUGACGUCGCAGGGACGUUUCCCUCCCUCCUCUUUUUUCUCUUCAUUCAUCGUCCGUCCGUCUAUCAUCAUUUCGCCAGAUCCCUUUUUUCACUCUUCCCUACGAUCUGGGUUUGGUUUGGGGAAACGAAUAUUGAUUGAUAUAUUGAAGCAAACACAUGGCUGCCCCACCCGCCAGAGCCCGAGCCGAUUACGAUUGUCUCAUCAAGCUCCUCUUGAUUGGCGACAGCGGUGUGGGUAAGAGUUGCCUUCUUUUACGAUUUUCCGAUGGAUCUUUUACCACCAGUUUCAUCACUACCAUUGGGAUUGAUUUCAAGAUAAGGACUAUAGAGCUUGAUGGUAAAAGAAUAAAACUGCAGAUUUGGGAUACUGCUGGCCAGGAAAGAUUCCGGACCAUCACUACUGCAUACUACCGUGGAGCAAUGGGUAUAUUGCUGGUUUACGACGUCACUGAUGAGUCAUCUUUCAACAACAUCAGGAAUUGGAUCAGAAACAUUGAACAGCAUGCAUCUGACAAUGUCAACAAGGUUUUGGUGGGCAACAAGGCUGAUAUGGAUGAAAGCAAAAGGGCUGUACCCACAUCCAAGGGCCAAGCACUAGCAGAUGAAUACGGGAUCAAAUUCUUUGAAACUAGUGCUAAGACAAACAUGAACGUGGAGGAGGUGUUCUUCUCAAUAGCUAGGGACAUAAAGCAAAGACUUGCUGAAUCCGACGCAAAGGCAGAGCCACAGGCCAUAAAGAUCAGCCAACAAGAUCAGAAUGGCGGAGCAGCAGCUGCUCAAAAAUCAAGUUGCUGUGGUUGAUCAUCAAAAUUGGUUCGGUUCGCUCCCCUUAGAUUUUCGGCACAGCAGCCACAGGUCAGGUCAGAUCAUUCAUGUUUGUUUUCCAUGGUCCUUGUAUGGCUGGUUACUACCCCUCCUCUAAUUAUUAUUAUUAUUAUUAUUCUUUGACAACAACGAAGACGGCGAUGAUGAUGCUAUGUCAUGAGAUUGAAUUUGUGUUUAGUGACAGUUUUUUUUAUUGAAUUGCCAUUAUUAUUUAAUAUUUUUCUUGUAAUGAGAUUUUGUCAGAAUAUUAGCUACGCUACUUUGAACUAAUUGCUUGAAGUUUCA